AAAUAUUAAGUGAAUUACAGUAUGGCAAGAAGAAGACCAAGUUGACUGAUUUUUGUGGAAAUAUUAAAUAAAUUAAAUAAACGAGUUUAUAACAAUUAUUGUGUUGCAAAUUACGUGAGGCCUUCCAGUAUCGUAGAUCCCGCCAUGCCAACGCUUUAGUAAAAGUGAAAUACCCUAAAUACGACCGCUUUUCGGGGAGGAGACCACAACAAAACACACCCACCAAAUAAUCCACGAUUACUCAUCGUCAGAAUGUCUGGGAAUCCUUUCGACAGCGAUGACGACCAAAGUUCGACCAGCGGGGAGAUCCUGGAAGGUUUCCUAUGUCCCAUUUGCCGUGCGGACCUGAAGUCCAUCGACGUGCUUACGGAUCAUUUUGCCCGCCAGCACGCUGAAGAGGAAGCGGCUCUAAAAUCCUUUAAAGACAUCUUUGCCAAGGCCAAAAAGAAAAUUCUAAACCCAUUUGAAGACGAAAAGGGAGCCACCACUGCCUCGCCGGGAGGUUCCUCUUCUUCGGCGGUUGCCAAGAAUCCCAAUGGCAACGGAGAUCGCAACGGACCCAGUAAUGCACGUUCUCGCAACAAUGUUUUUAACCAUAUGGCCAGGCAACAGGCGGGCGCCGAGUGCUCCCAUUUCGAUUAUUUUCAGUCCAUCCGAAAUCCGCGUUUGGAGCGAUAUGCCAGCGAAACGAACAAGUUGAUUAUUAGACUCCACCGCCUGCUGAAGGAUUUGCCCACGGACUCAGUCCAGCGACGGCAACAUGAGCAGCAAACGGUGGCCUGGUUGGACGGAAGUUCCGUCAAGUUGUGCCCCAGCUGCGCCAAGAGUUUUCACAUCGCCCGUAGACAACACCACUGCCGCUUGUGUGGAGGGAUCAUGUGUAACGAUUGCUCUAAGUUCCUGCCCCUGGAGGAUGCAAUGCAACUGGCCAGCCUUUCCACCACGAGAAGUGAGCCCCUCCAGCAGCUGCAUCAGCACGAGAACGCCGUCCGGCUUUGUGAACACUGCCUCUGGUUAUUGGACACGCGGCGGGACAUGCACGAAAGUCGCACCUGUCGCCCGCUUCUCAUGCAGGUCUACGAGCAAAUCCGGCAGUUGCAAAAGGAAGUAACUCCCGAUCUGGACAUGUAUUUGAAGAUCAUCAAUAGCUUGAACGAAGGGGACACCAUCUUUACGCUGGCGGACGCCGGUGCUCUUCGCGGAAAGAUCGGACAAGUGGCUGAAACCAUGGACCUACGUAGCAAGCGGAUCUUAGCCAUAUUUUGUGAGCCGGGCAGCCGAGAGGAAGCCUUAAAGAAAGCGAUUAGGUUGGGCUGCAUCCAAGCGAUCAAGGAGCGCAUGUUAUCGCUGCCGCCACUGCCGGAGGAGGCCCACAUUCGACAGAUGCAGGAGCGACGGCGCAUGGAGACACAGCAGCGGAUACUCACCGAGCAGCGCAUGGCCAUGGAAGCCUACGAGCGGAAUAAUUUGGCAGCGAAUCAAUCGGGAGUGGCAGUUCCUGGCCCAGAAAGCGGUUCCUUCGCCCAGGGGUCGGAUCUCCAAUCUCUGACCAACUGGUCUGCACCGCAGGCGGCCAGCAAAUCCACUCUCGACGAUCCGUUGAUUGAGCAGAUCAACAUCAUCAAGGGUUAUAUUAAGCAAGCUCGCCAGGACCUUAACUUCGAGGUAGUAGAGACACUGGAGCUGAAUCUUCGAGAGCUGCAGCGUGAGGUUUAUGAAAGGCAGCGCCACUCACAAGGCAGCACUGCCACCUCCCCCCACAGAAGCCUAAACAGUAUCCUAUAUAGUUAAUUAUGUAUCCAUUCCCGAUAUGACAAAUUAAAUGCUUAACGUUGCGUGUA